GCAAAUCCCACUUCUCCGGAGUGCCCCACAAAUUACACCAGCUGGAGAAACAGCCUGGGAUAUUCGAAAAAUUAAUACACAUGGGCAAAUACCACAUUGGGAAAGAAGAACUGAAUGAGGGGGAGGAAAAAGACUCGUUACGUACCAAACUGAUGAGUAAGCAAAAUUUAAACAAAUACACAGAGCACAUAAAAGGAGAUUACAACAAGUUGAAAAAAGAGUUAGAGAAUGGAAAGGAAACUUACAUCAAAGGAAGGUACCAGGAGUACCUAUUCGACUGCAUACAGAAUAAUGACUACUCCGAUUUAAUCAUAGCAGACGUCAUUUAUGAAAAGGAGAAAAAGGUUUUAUGUGUGGGAGAAGGGAACCUAUCAUUUAGUACUUUACUACAGAGGAAUUUGCGUCCAUGUCAAGUAGUGGCUACCUCCAUGGAGAGCCCAGAUGUGUUGCUAAGGAAUUGUGGUGGCAUUUUUUCGAAGAAUUUAAAAAUAUUAGAAUCUUGUGGAGGUAUCUAUGUUCCCGAAGUUGAUGUAGAAAAAAUUGGAGAGCAUUUUCUGCACAAGACAUUUGACGUGAUCAUUUUUAACUUCCCAUUCGUCCUCCCGACAGAUGACUUCAUACAAACCAAAUGGAACAUACAAAAGGAAAAGCUCCACAGCGACAGGAACAUCUUUCUCAAGUAUUACAAAAAGUCCGAGUACUUCUUACUCAACAGGAUACUUUAUUGGCUAUUUAAAAAUUGCUCUCUGCUACUUAAGGAGAGUGGCUUCCUACACCUUCGCGUCAAUGACAAGUAUUUAACAUGCGACUUUACUAAUACGUUUUCUUUGUCCCUUGUGGAGAAGGUUGAUUUUUCUGCUUCCUAUUUCAUUUAUAAGUCACUGAGGUAUGUCCCUAGCAUGAUGAAUAAUGCCUAUGGGUCUUCCUCGAAGGGUCCUCCGAGCUGGACAAAAAACGUUAUGUUCACCCCCCGGGGGAAGGUCUUCAGGAGCUUCAAGAUGGGCCACACCUCCACGCUGGUCUUUCAGAAGGGGGGGAGCGACGGUAGCGACGGUGGCGAUGGUAGCGGCGGGU